AUGAAGAGAAAGACGUUGAGAGCUUUAGAUCGUUCACUUAGCUUGGACGUAGUGCCUAUAUCAGAAGGUGUAAAUCUAGUGAGAUUCGAGCUGGUCGAUGGAUCUGGUAAUACGGUUCCCUCCAAUAAGUCAAGUGCUUGGACAGAUAAAGAACUUGAGGAAGGAGAGUGGCGAGCUCUUGCCCUGCAGCGAAUAGCCAAAAUACUUCGCACACAUGUCAUCAAAUUUGACUUUGAAGACACCCAAAUUGACGACAAAGUUGAAUACCGUGGAAGGAGACGUCACCAUAUGAUGACGAUGAUGAUGUUCGGAAUUGUUUCUAUCGGAAUGGUGCUAGUUCCCAUGGGUUUCCAGUUCCUUGCAGUGCUCGGUGGUAAAGCUCUUCUUUUGGCAAAGAUGGCACUAAUACUUGCAUCUAUACAAGGGCUCAAAAAGAUUGCUUCAAGUCCGCUAAACUACGGAUUUUAUCAUUCCUUCCCCUAUGAACACUAUGAAAAGAGAAGUAUCAGCAAUUGGCCGCCACCAGCUGAAACAUCCCCAAUGCCACCUCCACUGAUGACUGUAAACAGCCCAUGGCCAGAUGAUAACAGAAUCGACAAAUUGGACAAAAGACAAAGCGAUGAAUCCAAAGAAAAAUCUAAUUCUAUCAGACCGGCGACACUUAUUACGUGGAAGCCUAGUGACCCAAAGAUGACUUAUGAUUCAGAAGCUAAACUUUACCCAGUAUAUAUAGAACGCCAACUCCUGUUG